CCAAUGAUGCACAUGGUCACAUGACUCAAUGUUUUGCUCUGUCAGCCGGGUGACAGUUGAUCAGAGGAGACCUUUCCCUCCUGAAACCUCCUUCAAAACGUGUCUCUUUAUUAAAUAACCACCGAAUAGGAACAGAGACAUGCUUUAUUAACAAGUCUUACUUACUAUCUAACUCUACGUUCAGGAAUUAAAGCUUAAAAAGCAGCAAACCAGCAUCUACACCCACAGUUUGGAGCAUGGCGGCUGUUGACAGCUUUGAGUUGCUGUACAGAGAAAUUUCUCGAUCAUGCAGUUGUUACUUUGAAACCCUGGCUCUGAUUGGUGCCAUAUACACAGCCAGCAAGGCGGUGGUCCUGCUGAGAGACUGCUGCAUGCUGAUUAGGGUGCACUUCCUGCCGAGAAUGAUCCCCACCAAGAAGCUGACCCAGAGGUUUGGAGACUGGGCUGUGGUUUAUGGUGCAUCAGAGCCGUUAGCCACAGCCUAUGCAGAGGAGCUAGCCAGGCACGGCAUCAGCAUCAUUUUUGUCACUCAGGACCAAACGUUCGUCAGAGACACGGCUGCAGCCCUCUCCCACAGCUACGGGGUGGAAACCAUCGUCGUCCUGGCCGACUUCUCUCUGGACCAGACGGCCAGCAAGCCCAUCAAAGAGGCCAUGAGGGGGAAAGAUAUCGGCUUCCUCGUGAACUGCCUCGAUGAGUCAUCGGCCGCCCUGCAGAGCCUGAUUGAAGUACCCGAGCAGGGCCUGCUGGAUUUGGUGAAUAAGAACGUUGCGGUCGCCACCCUGAUGACUCGGUUGGUGCUGCCGGGUAUGGUGGAGCGCAGCAGAGGAGCUGUGGUCAAUAUAUCGUCAGGUGCUUGCUGCAGACCUUUUCCUGGAAGACUGGCACUCACCGCCUUCACGGGCUACAUGGAUCAUUUCUCAAGAGCUCUUCACCUGGAGUACAGCGGCAGAGGGAUCUUUGUCCAGAGUCUGAUUCCUUUCCAGAUAGCCUCCAGUGGGCUGCAGCCGUCAUCAUCAUCCCUGACAGCACCAUUAACAGAGAGCUGGUUUGUACCAAAGCCAGAUGUUUACGCUCGCCACGCCAUCUCCACCCUGGGCGUCUCCAACAGGACCACAGGUUACUGGCCUCACACACUGCAGUACGGCCUGAUGAGAUGUAUUCCAGAGUGGAUCUGGGUUCUUGGAUCUCGUGUGUUCAUCAGUCUGAGCUGAAUGUUCACCUCCCCUUCAGCCCCUUCACUAAAGACUAACUAGCUAUUGUCACACAUAGUUUAUCAUUCCCCAUUGUUCAGCAGUCUGACGGUCCAACGGCCUCAUAAUAAACACCUUGAUUGUAAACAGGUAACAGAAAACCUGGGUGUGACUCAGCGAGGGUUAUAAAUUUAUUGAUUAUCAUCUUUAAUUAGAACAUGAAGCUCUGUGCAGUUUAGUCCUGACCCUUUGAACUAUUGAAUAAGAGGUUAUUCAACAUCAGUCUGCUGCCAACGAGAGUCAUAAUAACUUUGGUCCAUUAAAAUACAGCAGAGAAGAUUCAUCAUCUUUACAGACUUGAAUGUACAAUUCAUUUAUUUCUCUACAUAGAAAAUUAAAAGUUGCACUUGAAACACU